AUGUCUGAACUCGAAUUCAAGGGAUAUGCUCUCACCGACCCGGCUGCUUGGAACGAGUUCAGCUUAGUCUCGUACCCGCCGAAGACAUUCUUGGCUGACGAUGUCGAGCUCGCAAUUACACACUGCGGUAUCUGUGGCUCGGACGUGCACACUCUUACCCAGGGUUGGGGUGGUCUCAGCCACCUCCCGCUUGUCGUCGGCCAUGAAAUUAUCGGUAUCGUGAAGCGUGUUGGCGCGAAUGUGUCCGAAUUCAAGCCUGGCGAUCGGGUUGGUGUGGGUGCGCAGAUUGCAAGCUGUAUGGAAUGCAAGCGAUGCAAGUCAGGCAACGAAAACUACUGCAUGAAGAUGAUCGACACCUACAAUGACGUAUACCCAGACGGUGUCAUCACCCAGGGCGGCUACUCGACAGCAAUUCGCGCGCACCAGCAGUUCGUCUUCCACAUUCCCGAAGCUAUCGCGUCGAAAGACGCCGCCACGAUGCUAUGCGCAGGUUUGACAGUCUUCUCCCCCCUGCUCAGGAACGAUGCCGGGCCCGGGAAGAAAGUUGGUGUCAUCGGUAUCGGUGGGCUGGGCCACUACGCUGUCCUGUUUGCCAAAGCUCUCGGUGCGGAGGUGUAUGCGUUCACCCACAGCCCCAGCAAGCUAGAUGAUGCGAAGAAGAUGGGCGCCGACCAUGUUAUCAGCACACACGACGAUGACUUCUACAAAGCGUACGAUGGCGAGCUGGACAUUCUUAUCUCGACCAUCGAUGUCUUCCGUCCCGAUCGCCCGCUGAAGGUGUAUCUCUCUAUGCUGGGCGUGCACGGCAAGUUUAUCAACGUCGGACUGCCGGAUCACAACAACCCCCUGCCACCGAUGCAUGCCUUCGACUUGCAGCCGAAUGGCGCGUUCAUCGGUGGCUCACACAUCGGCUCAAAGACGGAGUGCCUGGAGAUGUUGAGGGUUGCGGCGGAGCGGGGUGUCAAGCCAUGGAUUGAGGAGCUGCCUAUGAGCCAGGCGAAGGUCGCCAUCGAGGCGGUGCGCUCGGGCAAGGUGCGAUACCGGUAUGUGCUGACGCAAGAUAUCGCGCCUGUCCAGUAG